AUGCGUUUACUCUACUCUAUCAUCGGAUUCCUUACUUUAGGAAUAUACGCACUACCCACAGAACCAGUAGGUUCUAGCGAACCUGCAACCUAUGUUCCAAUCCCAUUGGAAUUCGGUCGAGAAUAUUCAAAAGAGGAACUUGAUCAUCUCCGGGCUACCUUUACCAUUGAUAACACCACGAACCAAGUCGAUACCGGAAAUCAUCAACUCAGCAAGCGGGCACAACAUGCCAAAUCCACGACCCUCAACUCCUACUGGGACUGCCCUACAGUUGGCCCGCUAUUUCGCACCCAAAGAGCUACCGCCAACAUUAUAAGUGCAUCAAACUUGGUAGCAACUGUACAGUGGUACGGCAACGCCAACAUCGAUAGUUGGUCUCUUCCUAGCCAAAGGCUUACCGGUCCAACCGUCGCCCGACGAUCCAACGUUGGAAAACAUUCAUUUUGUGCCUCGUACGGCCAUCAAAUUUGUUCAUUCAAACUUACAAGCGAUUGGAGUGUUUUUGUCAAAUGGCAGUUUCACGUCUUUUCAACUACUGUUGCGAUGGAUGAAUUAACCCCAUCAGGCCAUGUUCUUGUGGAGACCUGUAUCGAGGUUGGUUCAGGGGGUCAUUGUCCAUCUAUGCAAGCAGCUACACCUUGUCGAUUAACAACAAGUUCGAUAGUUCGCAAUGCUUAA